AUGCACACACAUGGAUUUCCCGUAGUAAGACUCACUGUGGGUUGCACAUAUAUCAGCUUGCGCUGUCUCACCUGCUCAGUUUUGGUUCUUGAUUCUACGAUUUUGCGAAUUUCAGGAACGGAAACACAAAAACGAUACUUUUCCACCUUCCAGGGAACCAGAGGUUCGGCACUCGCGGAAACGCUAGAAGAACUCAUGCAUCCUUCCAUGGCAUCCAACCAACCAACGAUGGCUACCACAACCGAUCUUCAGGAACACGCCAAAGUCAAAACACCAGCAUCACAUGACACCACCUCCCUCACCAACAUCCUCCAAGUAAACAACAGUACCUCAAACAUCUCCCUCGCCAAUACAAAUCCCAGAUCCACCUACUUCCCCAUCCUCUCCCUCCCCCUCGAACUCCGCCUCAAAAUCUACAGCUACAUCCUCCCCCCAAGACACCACAAAAUCGUAACCUCCCUCCCCUCAACCAACUUCUUCUACAACACCUCCGCUUCCUCCUUUCUCCAUCCACCAUCCUACCCUUUCGGACGUUCCGCCCCUUUAUCCCCCACCGGCAAACCUCUCACUGUCCCCUACAAAGUUCUCACAUCCAACACCCACGCCUCCUACCCACACAACACCAUCACAACCGCGUUGCUCCAAACAUGCAAACAGAUUUAUUAUGAAGCUGAACCGGUCCUGUAUGGGAGUAGCGAGGCAGUGUGGGAUUUUGGCGUGCAUUUAGAUGCUGUGAGGGGGUUUUGGGCGGAGAGGAGUCAGUUGGCGAGGGAGUGUGUUAGGAGUUUGAGGGUGGCGUGGGAGUGUCCUGCUGGGGAAGGUAUCUUUGAGAGUGGAAGUGGUGGGGAGAUUUUAGGGCGCAAAGUGGUGGUUUGGAUGAGGUUCGUGGAGUAUUUGAGGAACGAGCUGAAGGGGUUGAGGGAGUUGGAUUUGAUGCUGUGGUGUGCGGAUGGGGGUGUGUCGGGGUUUCCGAAGGCUGACGAGGAGAUUGGCUGGGAUGUGAAUGAGGAUCUGAGGAUGCCAGUGAGGGAAUAUGGACUGAGUGAGAGGGAUGAAAUGGCAUUGAUAGAAAGAAAAGAGAGGUUCGAGACGGAAAAGAAGUGGCGAGAGUGGAGAUGGACUGAAGAUCUCCUUUCCAUGCCUUCGCUUCGGCAAACUAAGAUCACAUGCUGGGCAGCUGUGCCUCCUAAGAUGGAGGAAACCGUGGAUUUCAGCGUCACGGUUCCAAAGUUUGAUUCGUGGGUCGCUGGGAGGAUGGUCGCAGAUUCUAUACUGAGAGCAAAGAUAGUUCAGGAUGGGAUUGUUGUGAGUGAGGAGGUUGCUGUUCUGGGGAGUACGACGAGCUGGAUGGAUUUUCGAGGACUCGAACAAUAG